AUGAAUAAAUUUGGAAAUACUUUAUCAAAAAUUGAUCAAAAACUUUUACACAUUGACUCAGUGAUAUUAAUGGCAAAUAUAACUUCUCCUUAUGAGUCUGUGACUUUUGGGAACUCAUUGUCACUUAGAGUUGAUGGUGGUGUUGGUGCUGUUUCAAUUAAUCCUUCUGGUCUUUAUGUUGUUGAUUUAGAUGAUCCCUUUUCUCCUCCAAGAUGGUUUCAUCAUAUGACUUCGUGGGAAGUAGCUGAUGUUCAAUGGUCUCCACAUUCUUCGAAACCUUCUUGGGUUAUUUCGACUUCAAAUCAAAAGGCAAUGGUUUGGAAUCUUGCUAGAAGUACUUCAAAUGCUAUAGAAUUUGUUCUUCAUGGUCAUUCAAGAGCUAUCACAGAUAUCAAUUUCCAUCCUGAUCAUCCUGAAUUAUUGGCCACUUGUUCUGUUGAUACCUCAGUUCUCGCGUGGGAUACAAGAUCUCCAAAAAGACCAUUUUAUACUGUAUCAGAUUGGAGAGCCGGUGCUUCACAAGUGAAAUGGAAUUUUAAGAAUCCCAAUAUUUUAUCAUCUUCUCAUGAUCAUUAUUUUUAUGUAUGGGAUCUUAGAAAUAAUGCAAAACCUUUACUUAAAAUCAACGCACAUGAACGGAAAAUUAAUGGUGUUGAUUUCAGUAGGACAAAAGAAUCUGAAAUUAUAACAUGUUCAAAUGACCAUACUGUGAAAUUUUGGGAUUUAUCAAAAGAUAUCAAUAAUCCAGUAUCAACAAUCAAUACUGAAUUUCCUGUAUGGAGAGCUAGACAUUUACCAUUUGGUGAAGGUUGUUCAAUUAUGCCCUUAAGAGGUGGUAAUAAUUCAAUUUAUUUGUCCAGUAAACAAGAUCAACAAGGAGAUUCAAAACUUAAAUCAUGUUAUAUAUUCAAAGGACAUACAGACAGAAUUACAGACUUUUUAUGGAGACAGCGACACUCAUCAUCAGAAGUUGAUGAUAGAGAUUUCCAAUUGGUCACAUGGUCAAAAGAUUGUGAUUUAAGAUUAUGGAGUAUGAAUGAUGACAUUUAUGAAAAAGUUGGUUUCCAAAAGGGUGAACCUAAAAAAUUACCAACUUAUACUUAUAAAUCUUAUAGAGAAGAGCCUGGAGCUUAUCUUAAUAAUGGUUAUGCAAUGAAGAAAACAAAAGAUACAUUCGUUUCAAGUAAAGGGGAAACAAUCAAUUCAGAGGCACAUUUAUCUUGGAUAUCUGGUGUUCGUAUUGGUAGGUCUGCAUUUGCUCCACCAAUUGACCAAAAUCCAAAUGUGAAUAUUGAAAAUUUACCAGAUAAUUUAGGUGAAGAAGUUAGUGUUGUUGGUCAUAAAUUUCCGAAAGUUAAAUUUGAAAAAAUUUCUGUUUCUACUGGUACAUUAGUAUUAUCGUUAAAUGGUCCAUGGGGUAACACUUCUGAAGAAUUAGUGUUUUUAAGAAUUGAGAUCAAAUAUCCUAAGACAUAUCCUUCUGAACCACCAACUUUUAGAAUCGAAGAAAAUAGAGACUUAGAACAAAGUAAAAGACAAGAGAUUUUGAAAACUUUAAAUGAAAUUGUCAAGAAAUACGCAAGUGUCAAUCGGUUUUCAUUAGAAUCAAGUUUGAGAUAUUUUAUGGGAGAAAAAAUUGAAUUGGAUAAUUUGGAAAAAGAUGAUGACGAUUUCAGUUUACAAUUAGAAGAAUUUGAUGAUCUUUCAUCAAUCCCAUCGUCUGCUUCAUCAAGUGAAAGUGAAGCUGAAGAUGAAGAAUUAAUGCCAUUAACACAUAGUGGUUUAAUGUCUGCACCGCUAGUUGAUAGUACACCAAUACCCAAAGGUUGUGGUGCAUGUUGGACCAAAACUGGUGAAUUACUUUGCUUUUUUAUACCCAAACAAGCAAAACAACAGAACAUUAUUAAGUUUGAUCAAAAGGGAUUCAGUAAUCAAAUGACUUUGAAUAACGAUGACCAAUAUAGUGAUGAUAGUUUAUCAGAUGAUUUAAAUGAUGUUUUAAAAGAUGAUGUUAAAUCUAGAUCUAAAAUUCCAGGAGUUUUCAGAAUGCAAAAUUAUAAUAACAAUCAUCAAAACAGAGCACCUUCUUUACCAACCGAAAGAUCAGGUGCAACACAACAAAAUUCAGUGACCAAAAACAUUGUUGCAAUAUUUGAUUUUAAACAUUUAAUUCCAACAAAACUUGAAUUAGCCAAAGAAUACAGGAUAAGUGGUGGUACACCUUGUGAUUUAUCAGCUCAUAAUAGUGAAGUUUGUACAAAGUAUGGCUAUACAGAUCUAGCAGAUAGCUGGAGAAUUUUAUCAACUAUAUUCAGUCAAAAUUUCCAUUGGGGUACACAUCCAUUUGGUAAAUCAUGGUUGAUAAAAGAAUUAAUGGAUUAUUAUGAAAGACUAGGGGAUGUCCAAAUGCUUGCUAUGUUAAGUUGUGUGAUUUAUGGUAGUAGAUUUCAAAAUAAUGAUCAAUUUGCAAUGUCAACCAUUGAAACAUCAUCUGUUAAUAAAGAAAACAGAUCCUUAUCAAUCCAUUCUUAUAAUGAUACCAAUUCAAUUUACAAUUACUCGGAAUCAGCUUUCAGAUUACCUUUUUCAAGAAGCUCAAGUGUCUUAGCCAAGGAACCAGAAAAACCAAUUAGUAUUAAGAUUGAAAUGAUGAAUGAAGCUGAGCUAGGAUUUGCAGAAGAAUCAUUCAAUUAUAAUUCGAUAGAAGAUGAAACUUUUGAUGAACCAAGAUUCACUCGCUAUAGAGAACAAUAUGCAAAUAUAUUAUACACAUGGGAAUUGCCAUUUAGUAGAGUGGAAAUUUUAAAAUUUAAUCAAAACAUUAAUGAAUCAGAUAUUGAUAUAUAUAGAAGUAAAAUUAGAUGGUUGAAAAAAGCUGUGAAAUGUUGUAAUUAUUGUGGAUUGGAAGUUAGAAGAAGAUUAUUUACAUGUUAUAAGUGUGGACAUGUUCUUCAUGCUGAUUGUGCAACUGAAUGGUGGAAUGAUUCAAAUGAAUGUCCAACGGGUUGUGGAUGUUCAUGUAUUGAUGAAUGA